AUGGCGAGAGUUCAAACCUUGAAGCGUGAGUUUAAUGUUCUUCGAAUGAAGGAAACCGAGAUGAUCGAUGAGUUUGCAGGAAAAAUCAGCGGAUUAGCAAGCAAGUUCACCACCCUCGGAGUUGCACUUAAGGAUUCAUCAUUGGUCAAGAAGCUCCUCGAUUCCGUACCCGACAAAUAUCUUCCCAUUGUCGCCGGAAUUGAGCAAUUUCAAGAUCUCGAAACCAUGCCAUUUGAAGAAGCAAUUGGACGGAUGAAGGCGUACGAGGAACGAACAACACGACUUCGAGAAAACAAUAACAACACCGAUGGACAACUCCUACUUACCCAUGCCGAAUGGAAAGCUAGACAAAAAGGACAUAGUGGUGACAACUCCUCAAUGACCAAAGGGCGCGAAUUUGGUGGUACCGAUCGAGGAAGAUGGCGAGGACGUGGUCGUGGCACUGAGCGUCAAAAUAGUGCGGGAGGCACUAGCAACACUGGAAAUGGCACUCGUGAUAAAAGUCAUAUUAAGUGUUUCACUUGCAACAAGAUGGGACAUUACGCGUCGGAAUGUCGUGGAAAAGGUCGUGACGAGGAAGCUCAUCUAACUUGUGCCGCCGAAGAAGAACCAACUUUGAUGAUGGCCAUGUCCUAG